CACCAUGGCCUGGGUUCUGCUAUGCCUUGCAAUUCUCAGUUUCUGCCCAGGUGUCAGUUCCCAGCCAACAUUGACUCAGCCAGCAUCACAGUCAGUGUCCCUGGGACAAACGGUGAAACUCACCUGCACCAUCAGCAGUAAUCCGAACAACGUUGGCUGGUAUCAGGAGAGAUCCGGACAAGGCCCUCGCUAUGUGCAUGCUGAUGGUUCCAGCAGGGGAGAGGGGAUCCCGGACCGAUUCACGGCUUCCCGCUCAGGCAGCACAGGCUAUUUGACCAUCACCAACGCACAGGCGGAAGACGAAGCUGUGUAUUACUGUGGGAUGCGGUACAGCAAGAUGUUCCACAGGUCUUUCUCUCAGCUGACCCUAACUCAGCCACCGUCACUUUCAGCACCCCUGGAAGGUAGCGCUCGACUCUCCUGCAAUCUUGUCGGCGCCUCCACCUUUGGAAGCUUCUCCUGGUUGCAGCAAAAAGAAGGAAAGGCCCCCAGAUUCCUCCUGAGCUAUUCCACCACCUCUGGCAACACCGAGUUUGGUCCAGAGGCCUCUGGUCAUUUCUCUUCUUCCACUGAUGCUGCUAAAAAAGUGGGCUACCUGAGCAUCGCCAAUGUGCAAGCAAAGGAUGAAGCUGACUAUUAUUGUGUCAUGGGAGUCAGUGGAGCAAGAGCAGAAGAGGUGCACCAGAGGCCCGCUUCUCCUGUGCUCAUGUCGAUCCUGGUUUCCAUCAUGCUGCACUCAUCCCUCUUCCUCGUGCUCCUUGCUUGCUCUCCAGGUUCCUUGGCCCAGUAUGUGCUGACCCAGCCCCCAUCCGUGUCGGUUCGCUUGGGACAAAAUGCCCAAAUCUCCUGUUCAGCAGGCGACAUUGGGAGCAGCUAUGUGCAGUGGUACCAGCAGAAACCCGGCAAGGCUCCUGUACUCAUUAUAUAUGAGGAUAGCAGCAGGCCAGCCGGGAUCCCUGACCGAUUCUCCGGCACCAAUUCUGGCAACACAGCCACGCUCAGCAUCAGUGGCGCUCAAGCGGAGGAUGAGGCCGACUAUUACUGCCAGGUGGGGAAAAACGACCAGCACACCGUGACUCACACAGAGGGGGAA